UUGGCUUAAACGCGUACCACUUUUCGGAAAAGCGUUUUGUCUAGCGGUUUUUGGCGGCGUGUGCGUACGUCACUUAACGUCUAUCACUUUUUGAAUAUACCUUUAUUUCAUUUCCCUUUCGUGGCUUAUUCUAAUUGCUUUUUGUGCGAGUUUUCGUUUUUCAUAAAUUUAUUUCGAAAAUGCCACAAAUGUCAGGCCACAAGGCAAGCUUAUAUAAGCAAGUAUAACAAAUUGUACAAGAAAUAUAAACGGGUAAAAUAUUAUUCGAAAGUGUAAACUACAAAAUACUAGUAGUUGAGUUCGAAGCGCCUACGUGGAUGUGAAAAUAUUGAUAAUCUGUGGAAGCAAAACGUGUAUAAACAGCGUGAAUAUAUGCAAAAGCGUAUAGAAAUAUUACAACAAAAAAAAUACCAGAUAGUUAGGUAUGAUGUGAUCAAAGCGACAGUGCGCAUGUGUUUAGUAAGGUCUGUGUAUGGAAAUGAAGGUUGAGAAAAUAGUUAGAUACAAUGCUGCAAGCUCUACUAGCAAUAAAAUUAACAGAUAGCAAAAGCAAAUAGAAGUGAAAAAAUGAAAUAGCACAAGUUGUUUUCGAAUGCUAUUAUAACCGUAGUAGCUGCUUGAAACUGCGAAACCGAAGCGAAUAAAAACAAGAAAAGAAAACAGUUCAAAACGCAUAAACAACCAAAGCAACAAUUAAGAAAAUACGAAAUAAGUACACAGCAAAACUAUAAAAACAUUCACCAUACAUUACACAACACAACCAACAAACUACCGAACAUGUCCGAUAACGGUGAACAACAAGCGCCCACACAACCGGCCGCCGUCUCACAUCCCCUGCAGGAUAUCGCCUUGGAUGUGCCGGACGAUGCUGCCGGUGGCAAACAAAACUGGGUUAGAUUCGACGAUGACGAGGCGGCCCAUAAAAAUGCCAACAACAACAACAGAAACACCAACGGCGACGACAACAUAGGAAAUGCCACACGCAUUAGCCCUACCACCGUCAGUAGCAGCGGCCGCGACGCGCUGGCUGCAGAACUAGCAACGACGACGCCAACACCGGCAAACCGGUCAGCCCCCGCCGCUCUACUACCAGCGCCGCCCAGUCGUAAGCAAACAUCUGUGGCUACCGCGUCAAUACCAAUAACAACGGCAACAACAGCAGCCAUAGCGCGACCGCGCUCACCACUCAGCGGCGCAGAGAGUGCAAGCGGUGCCGAAGCGAUCGUGUCAGCACCAGCACCUGUUCAGCGUGCAACAGCAAGAACAACGGUUUCCGUCGCUUCACCUCCAGCGCCAGGGCCGGAUGUAGCACCCGCUGUUUUGAACACGGAGAGUACGCAUGUCAAUUUGAAUGCAUCCGGUCGUUCGCAGCCGAAACUACAACAACAUCACACACCCACUGCACAGCCAAGCGGGCAACAGCACCAGCAGCAACAACAUCAGCAAAAGGCUAAAUUGUCACCGUCCAAUGUGGCUGGCGUCGCAAGUGCUGGCCAGCAGCACCACUACCAACAACAACAACAUCAACAGCAUUAUCAAAAUAACAAUGGCACAUCGCCAUCGAAUGGUAGUAGCCAUAAAGUGGCAGCAACAACAACAGCGACAACAACAUCGAGCGUAUCAAUACCCGUCGAAACGGUGCCACCGAUGCGUACCAUUGAACUGUCGACGGGUCGCAUACGUGAAGGUUUCGCUAAUGGCGAUGUUAUAGUUACCUUGCUGCCUGCCAACACUAAGUGGCCGUGGAUAACGCCAGCUAUAUUCCGUCCUGAACUGGUACCCGAAGAACUGAUGGCGCAAGGUCUAACCCUCACCGUCGAAGAGUAUGUCAACGCCAUGGAGACAUUGGUCAACGAUUACCGCUUCACCGUCUACAACAUCUGCUAUAAGCGCAUACUUGUCUGCUGGAUUUUGCUAGCCUUCACAGUGCUGCUGACGUUGCUCUUCUCUGGCCUACAAGGCGUGGCGCUCUUCUCGCUCGGCGUCGGUUGGCUAUUCCUCAAUGCGGCCGCCAUUUUCCUCUGCAUGUGGGUAAAACUUCGCUUGUCACGUGGCCUGGAGAAAUGCUUAGCGCGCGUCAAUCGUCAGCUAAUGAAGCACAAAAUUCUACUCAUACUUGACGACCGUGGACGCAUCUCGUGCCACAAAGUGAACUUGUGCUUCAUGUAUUUCGAUGCGACGCAAUGUGUCAGUUUCCUAAAUGAAUUUCUCGAACACACCGAACAAAAUGGCGGUGAAGCCAUCAAGGCCGGUUGGGAGCGCAAAUUAGAUAUUGAUGUGAAUGAUAUUGUCAUACAAGGCAAUAAUCCGGUGCGUUUGUCGCGCAAACAGGAGCGUGGUACACAGCUUUUCCUGCGUUAUGCCUCACGCUGGGGCAUGGAGGCGUUACGUGGUCUGGUCGAUGUUACGCCACUGGAGCCGGGACGUCAUUGUGGACAAUUUCAGUGUCCCUGCCAGUACAUAAAAGAGCAUUUGCAGUGCAAACCGCGAGUUGUUAUAAAUAGCAUAGGCCAGGUUGUUUGGAGUCGUUUCCCAAUGUACUUAGAUUGAAAAUUAGCAAGAAAAUACACUUUGUACCAAACUUUUCACUGUAUGUAUGUGUGUGUGAGCACAAUUUGCGGCGGGCGAUCACUCGAAAAUACACUUCUAAAUAUAUAUGUUUGGAAUAUGUAAACAAUUACUUAAUUGUCCUUAAUUACACACUAAUACAUGCUCAGUUCGAUAAGUUAUUUGAAGUUAUUAUAAGCUCAUAAGUACUUAAGUACAUAUGUAUGUACCCCAACUAAUACAAAUACAUAUGUUUAUAUAAUAUUAUUAUACACUAAUUAUUGUUGUUUCAAUCAAUAAGCAGAAACUUUAAAGUAAUCACUUAUGUAUGCUCCUAAUCCUUAUUACCUUGUAUGAAAACUCAAGUACUUAAAAUUUUAUAUGCGAUUACGAAUAUAUAUGUAUGUAUUUAAUACCACUCUCAACAUUUCCUUUGUUGUAGUUUUGUUAAGCAAUACAUUUUCAAUAAAGCAUACCAUACGAAUCUAAUACACAA